AUGACUACGGUAUCCUACCUGGGGGACUUUUUCAGUGCAUACCACUCAGGUACAUCUAGCAGAGAAAGCGCAGAAGCGGCGCGCAAAGGUGGGUUUAGAGACAGUAUCGCUAAUUUAGUAGGCCUAGGGUACGUCUUCGCCGCCAGCGGUCGAAGUGAUAUUAAGGCCUUGAAGCGUUUCGGAGGCACGAGCGAUAAGCCGCGUGUAAAGACCUCUCAUUUUGUGUAUGAACAAGAGCGAGUUCUCCCUUUUGCACUCCAUUCCCAAACAAACUCUACACUGGAGACACUUUUCGACCCCGGCGUACUUGCAGCUAUCUAUCGCUCCGCUUUCAAAAUCCAUUUUGCAGCGAUGUGUAGGUUGGAGCCGUCACUGGUUAGGAGGCCGAGUGACGAUGUAUCAGGCAUUAUAACCUCUCAGUCUACGGUACGGGUUUUUAAAACAAAUAGACGGUGGUGCAGGGGUACACAAGCUGGGCUUUUCACAGCCGCGAUCCCAGCUAUAUUUAUGCUACUACUAGGGAAGGACCGCCGGUGCUACCUGGAUGGAGAGCCCAACAGUCUUGCCAGCGCACUAGGUAUAUUGGAUAGGGGUUCCGAACUCACGAGCCACUUGGAAAGAUCGGAGUUUCAAAGAAUGAGGAUAGUUAGAAGUAUUCUCAAGCACGGCAUGGCACGUUACCGGUUGGUGCUUGAGCCAAAUAUCGGACCACGAAUCGAGGUUACGUACCCGACGGGUGCUCCACUAGUCAGCUUACCGGUUUUGGACAAGCCCGAGCCUCGAUGUCCUGAGGUCUGGCCUAUUACCUUCUACUCUGGACUUUUCUUUUGCGAUUUUCUUCGUCUCAAUGACAGCUCUGGCUUCGGCACUGUAUGGCAGUAG